ACAGAGGUACAAAUUGGGCCUAUGAGACUGACACAAGAUCCAAUUCAGGUCUUGCUGAUCUUCGCAAAAGAAGACAACCAAAGUGACGGCUUCUGGUGGGCCUGUGACAGAGCUGGUUACGGAUGCAACAUUGCCCGGACUCCAGAAUCAGCACUUGAAUGUUUCCUUGAGAAGCACCAGGAAAUAAUUGUUAUAGAUCACAGGAACUCCAGAUAUUUUGAUGCAGAAGAUAUCUGCAGGUCUAUUCGUGCCACAAAGCCAUCAGAACACACUGUAAUACUUGCUGUGGUUCCACGCACAUCUGCUGAUCAAGAAGAGAAUUCUGUUCUUCCCCUUCUUAAUGCAGGCUUUGAUAGGCAAUUCAUGGAGAAUAGCAGCAUAACUGCUUGUUACAAUGAACUCAUUCAAAUAGAACAUGGGGAAGUGCGAUCUCAGUUCAAAUUACGGGCAUGUAAUGCAGUAUUUACAGCAUUAGAACAUUGUCAGGAAGCUAUAGAAAUAACCAGUGAAGAUCGUGUUAUUCAGUAUGUUAAUCCGGCCUUCGAGCAGAUGAUGGGGUAUCAGAAGGGAGAGCUCAUUGGCAAGGAACUUACUGAGCUACCAAAAAGUGAUAAAAACCGUGCAGAUCUGUCAGACACUAUCAACGCAUGUAUUAAAAAAGGAAAGGAAUGGCAAGGAGUUUACUAUGCAAGAAGAAAAUCUGGAGACAGUAUCCAGCAACAUGUGAAGAUAACACCAGUGAUUGGUCAAGGAGGGAAGAUCAGACACUUUGUGUCCCUCAAAAGGCUGCGUUAUACUAAUGAAAGCAACAAGCAGCUCUGCAAGAGUCACCGUGAUGAGAAUUAUUCAGGAGACAAUUCUCAGUCAGAAUCCCAUUCCUUCAAAUGCAAGAACAGAAGGAAAGACUCAGUUGAUGUUAAGUCGAUAACUUCACAAAGUAGUGAUGCUCCAAGUUUACAGACCCGGCGGUACUCUUCUAUGGCAAGGAUCCACUCAAUGACAAUAGAAGCUCCUAUCACAAAGGUUAUUAACAUAAUUAAUGCUGCCCAGGAAAACAGCCCCAUCACUGUAGCAGAGGCCUUGGACAGAGUUCUGGAAAUCCUGCGGACAACAGAACUUUACUCCCCUCAGCUAGGUACCAAAGAUGAGGAUCCUCACACAAGUGAUCUUGUUGGAGGUCUGAUGACUGAUGGCUUGAGAAGACUGUCCGGAAAUGAGUAUGUGUUUUCCAAGAAUAUGAACCUGAGCCAUAGUCACCUUUCAGUGCCAAAUACUAUCAAUGAUGUUCCACCUUGUAUUGCACAGCUCCUGGAUAAUGAGGAAAGCUGGGACUUCAAUAUCUUUGAAUUGGAAGCUGUUACAAAUAAAAGGCCACUAGUUUAUUUAGGCUUAAAAGUUUUUGGCCGGUUUGGGGUCCCUGAGUUUUUGAACUGCUCAGAAGCCACACUGCGAGCAUGGCUGCAGGUGAUGGAAGCCAACUACCACUCCUCCAAUGCAUACCACAACUCCACGCACGCUGCAGACGUCCUGCAUGCUACUGCCUUCUUUCUGGGAAAGGAGAGAGUUAAGGGAAGCCUUGGCCAUUUAGAUGAAGUGGCUGCAUUAAUAGCAGCCACCAUUCAUGAUGUAGAUCACCCUGGACGGACCAACUCUUUCCUGUGCAACGCAGGCAGUGAAUUAGCUGUCCUUUACAAUGAUACUGCUGUGCUAGAGAGCCAUCACACAGCACUGGCAUUUCAGCUGACAGCUAAAGACAGCAAAUGCAACAUUUUCAAGAAUAUUGAUAGAAAUCACUAUCGGACAUUGCGCCAGGCCAUUAUUGAUAUGGUUCUGGCAACAGAGAUGACAAAGCACUUUGAACACGUGAACAAAUUUGUGAACAGCAUCAACAAGCCAAUGGCAUCUGAGGAGACCAGCUCACAUAGUGAAGGAAGUGACUGUGAAUGUACAGCCAGCAUGAAGAACUUUCCAGAUAACCAAACACUGAUCAAGCGUAUGAUGAUUAAAUGUGCAGAUGUAGCAAAUCCAUGUCGUCCCUUAGAACUAUGUAUUGAAUGGGCAGGGAGGAUUUCAGAGGAAUAUUUUGCACAGACAGAUGAAGAGAAGAGACAGGGUCUGCCUGUUGUGAUGCCAGUGUUUGACAGAAACACCUGCAGCAUUCCCAAGUCUCAGAUUUCCUUCAUUGAUUAUUUUAUAACAGACAUGUUUGAUGCAUGGGAUGCAUUCGCACACCUGCCUGUUUUGAUGCAACACUUGGCCAACAACUACAAACACUGGAAAAUGCUGGAUGAGUUAAAAUGCAAGAGUCUCAGGCUUCCAUCAGAAAACAACAACUGACAUUAAAACAAGAAAAACUGACCUCCCAAACUACCAGUUCCACUGUGAAUUGCUUAUUAACUUGGAUACAACGGGGAUAGUGUUUUCUUUCAAGUGAAACUAAGACUAUGUGUCAAGAACAAAGUAUUUUAUCUAUCAUUUUUAAGCUUCUCUGAAUUCCACACAAAAAUAUUUUCAAAAAGGCCAUAAACAAGUGCACUUUGGAAAUAUCAUUUUGUGGCAGAUAAGGUACUUCCAAAACUAAUUUCUAGUACUGAAUAUGAAUCUGUCGAAUCUUGUAUCAAAUACAACUGUAUCCACUAGCACUUCACACAGCUGUUUCUCAGACACAGGUAAUCUAGUCACCAGGAAAAUAAUAAGUUGAAAAACAACCAUAAACACUUCUCAGUUACCUAGCAUAAAUUUGCUCCAAUUCUGCCAAAGUUCUUUAGCUCUUUCAAGCACAGUUGUAGAGAGAGUAUGCACAGUAGAACAAGUAAUCCUCAAGAAACUGGGCACACUAAAAACAAACACAACACCAUUUAAAGCAAAACUUUCAUUACAGACAAUAUAAACCUGUUCCUUUGUGAACUUUGUGAAAUUCCCAUAAAUUGACAAUACAGUGGAGGAAAAUAAGCAUGUUCUGUGUAAUUGGUGCCAUCCACAUUUUUUUCUGCCAUCUUAGAUAUUAACAUGUGAUACUUUGUCAAGUAUUACAUAUAAACCAUUGUGGCAGUUGAUUGACAUCCCUUUUUAUAAUGUGAUGGUUGUACACAGACAUCAAUUUUAUUAAAAUGAUCUAAACUUUAUGACAAGGCCAUACAUUGUGCUGCUUACUUAUCAGAUGAACCUCCAUCUUUUGUUUAAAAAAAAAGUUUCCAGGUUAUAAUUUAUAACAGCAUUACAGUUUGUACUGCUUCUUCCUUCCUAACAAAAUGCUGCUUUGUUUGGUCGUGUAAAAAAAAAAAAAAAAAAAACAUUCCAGAAGUUGUAAAUAAGUAAGUCAGAAAUCAGACAUAGUUUUUCAUUGGUUUUAGAAUAUGAAAUUUAUGCUAAAGCUUUCUAAGCACAAAUGCGUAUUUUUGUACAUCUCAUUUUAACCACAUGCAGACCAUGAACAUGAGUUCAAAUUUUAGACUGUUCUCAGAUUAUUCAGUUAAUAAUGGCAGAACUGCUGAUUUUUAAACACUUUGCACUGCAGACAAAAGCAUCAUAUCAGUGACUUGAGUCGAAACGAAGGGUCUUGAGGCAGACUCUUUUCCACACCUUUACACUGUAUCUACAACUGAACUAUGAAAAAAAUAAAAGGAGCUUAGAUAGCUGUGGAAGAAAAGUGACAGUGAUUGUUUACUGCAGGUAGCUUAAGUAAUGUGCCAAUCUUUUUUGUAUGUUUUGUACCAAGUUUGGAAAACAAUAAAAUAAAAUGUAUGUGCAGAAAAAAAUGUAUAUAAGGUAUAUUUUUGUUAGAAUUGUAAUAGAACCUUA